AAAAAACAGCAGAGCGAAGGCCGCGAGAAGCAGCUUGGAAUUUUCGGACGGCACAACCAUAAAAGCACUCACCAUCCACUUCUCCGAUCCGUUCAGCCACCGCGAAUCCUCCCUCGAUGCUGUGAUCGAUCCAAGAGAAGAAAAAGAAGAAGAAGAAGAAGAAGAAGUGGGAGAAGAGGAAGGCGGAGAGGAACGAUCGGCCGGUAAAUGGCGAACGACAUCAUCCGGAACAGCAGCAGCCGCCGGAGCUGGGCGGAGAGCUUCCAGGACCGGUCGGAUGUGUUCCGGCGUAGCCGGAUGACGGAGGAUGGAGACGACGAGGAGAAUCUCAAGUGGGCGGCGCUGGAGAAGCUGCCGACCUACGACCGGAUGCGAAAGGCCAUCCUCCGGCAGGUCGCGGAGAGCGGGAACGUCAUCACUAACGAGAUCGAUGUCAACCAGCUCGGUCCGCAGGAUCGGCAGCAGCUCCUCGAGCACAUCUUCAAGGUGGUGGAGGAGGACAACGAGCGCUUCCUCACUCGCCUCCGAGACCGUAUCGAUCGGGUUGGGCUGGAGCUUCCAAAGAUUGAGGUCAGAUAUGAGAACAUAUCAGUGGAGGCAGAUGUCCAUGUUGGUAGCCGAGCACUUCCCACUUUGUGGAAUUUCACCAUGAACAUUCUUGAGGAUAUUGUUGGUGUUCUAAGAUUAAACCGGUCCAGGAAAAAGAAUUUGCAGAUUCUUAAUGAUGUCAGUGGGAUAUUGAAGCCGACAAGGAUGACAUUGCUGCUUGGACCUCCAGCUUCAGGGAAAACAACACUUUUACUUGCCCUUUCUGGCAAGCUCGAUAAAAAUCUAAGACAAGGGGGCAGAGUAACAUAUUGCGGCCACGAACUAUCAGAAUUUGUUCCUCAGAGAACUUCUGCUUACAUUAGUCAAUUGGACAUUCACAACGGUGAGAUGACAGUUCGAGAAACAUUGGAUUUCUCAGCACGAUGCUUGGGAGUGGGAUCAAGGUACGAGAUGCUAUCAGAAUUGUCAAGACGAGAGAGGGAUGCAGGAAUUAAACCAGAUCCCGAGAUUGACGCAUUCAUGAAAGCAGCUGCAAUGGAAGGGCAAAGCACUAGUGUAUCAACUGAUUAUGUUCUCAAGGUACUUGGUUUGGAUAUUUGUGCCGACAUCAUUGUUGGUGAUCAGAUGCGACGUGGCAUUUCUGGAGGACAAAAGAAGCGUGUGACGACAGGAGAGAUGUUGACUGGUCCUGCACGCGCACUUUUCAUGGAUGAGAUAUCAACUGGACUUGACAGUUCUACCACCUUUCAAAUAGUAAAGUUCAUUAGACAAAUGGUUCAUGUCAUGGAUGGAACAGUCCUUGUUUCUCUUCUUCAGCCUGCACCUGAGACAUUUGAAUUAUUUGAUGAUAUCAUUUUGUUGUCUGAGGGUCAAAUAGUCUAUCAAGGUCCUCGGGAGUAUGUUGUUGAGUUUUUUGAGUUAGCUGGCUUUAAAUGUCCUGAAAGGAAAGGAGUUGCUGACUUUCUUCAAGAGGUAACUUCAAAGAAGGAUCAACAACAAUAUUGGGCUAACAGGGACAGACCUUAUCAUUUUGUUUCAGUCUCUGAGUUUGUGGAACUUUUCAAGAGAUUUCAUGUUGGGCGACAACUACAUGCAGAGCUUAGUGUUCCUUAUGAUAAGUCUAAAGCCCAUCCUGCAGCAUUGACAACAGAAAGAUAUGGUAUUUCUAACUGGGAACUUCUGAAGGCAUGUUUAUCGAGGGAAUGGUUGCUGAUGAAGAGAAACUCUUUUAUCUUCAUCUUUAAGACAACCCAGAUAACCACACUUUCUUUGAUAGCCAUGUCUGUGUUUUUCAGAACGGAAAUGCACCAUAGAACAAUUCCUGAUGGCAACAAAUUUUAUGGUGCACUUUUCUUUACUUUGACCAAUGUGAUGUUCAAUGGAAUGGCAGAAUUGGUGAUGACGGUUGAGAAGCUCCCUGUGUUCUACAAACAGAGAGAUUUUUUGUUUUUCCCACCUUGGGCUUUUGGCUUUGCAUACUAUCUCCUCAAGAUUCCUCUUUCAUUUCUGGACACUGGAAUUUGGAUCAUACUUACCUAUUAUGUGAUUGGUUUUGCCCCUGCAGCAAGCCGGUUCUUCCGCCAAUUCCUAGCACUUCUCCUCACACAUCAAAUGGCUCUUAGUCUGUUCCGCUUCAUUGCUGCUGCAGGAAGAACAAUGGUUGUAGCCAACACUUUUGGAACCUUCACCUUGCUUAUUGUUUUCGUGCUAGGAGGAUUUGUCAUAUCAAAAGAUGACAUCAAACCCUGGUGGAUAUGGGGUUUCUGGAGUUCCCCGUUAAUGUAUGGGCAAAAUGCUAUUGCUAUUAAUGAGUUCCUUGAUCCAAGAUGGGGCAGGGCGAAUAAUGACACCAAUAUAAAUGCUCAGACAGUGGGAGAAGCUAUUCUCAAAUCUAGAGGAAUGUUUACCCGUGGCUAUUGGUAUUGGCUUGCUAUUGGAGCCCUCACAGGAUUUAUUAUUCUAUUCAACAUAUUAUUUGUCCUUUCAUUGACUUACUUGAAUCCUUUGGCAAGCGCUCAAAAUGCAAUUGUUGAUGAGGAAUCAAGUAAGAAAAACAAAAACUCAUCAAUAGAAAAUGGAAGGAUUCAAAUGGUACAAAAUGUCAGAUAUGCUGCUCCACAGGAUACAUCAGAUGCAGCAAGGAGAAACAGCUCUGAAAGUUUCAGUGCUUCAGUCCGUCCAACAAAGAGAGGAAUGGUUUUACCUUUCCAGCCUCUUUCUCUUGCUUUCAAUCACGUGAACUAUUAUGUUGACAUGCCUGCUGAAAUGAAGAGUCAAGGAGUUGAGGAAGAUCGUCUCCAGUUGUUGUGCGACGUAAGUGGUGCAUUUAGGCCAGGAAUCCUGACUGCAUUGGUUGGAGUUAGUGGAGCAGGAAAGACUACGUUGAUGGAUGUUCUGGCAGGAAGAAAAACGGGCGGUUAUAUUGAAGGCGAUAUCAGUAUUUCUGGUUAUCCAAAAAAUCAGGAAACUUUUGCUAGGAUAAGUGGUUACUGUGAGCAAAAUGAUAUUCACUCGCCGUAUAUGACUAUUUAUGAAUCAGUUGUUUACUCUGCUUGGCUGCGUCUUGCGCCAGAUGUUGACAGACAAACACGAAUGAUGUUUGUGGAGGAGGUCAUGGAGUUGGUUGAACUUGACACACUAAGGGACGCUCUGGUUGGCCUUCCUGGGGUUGAUGGUUUAUCGACUGAACAACGAAAAAGACUCACAAUUGCUGUUGAACUCGUCGCAAAUCCAUCUAUUAUCUUCAUGGAUGAGCCAACAUCAGGACUUGAUGCAAGAGCUGCUGCCAUAGUUAUGAGGACAGUCAGAAAUACAGUGGACACAGGACGAACUGUCGUGUGCACAAUUCAUCAACCGAGCAUUGACAUUUUUGAAGCUUUCGAUGAGCUACUUCUGAUGAAAAGGGGAGGUCAAGUUAUAUAUGCUGGUCCUCUUGGUCGCCAAUCUCACAAGCUUGUUGAAUAUUUUGAAGCAAUUCCAGGGGUACCAAAGAUUGCUGAGGGUGUUAAUCCUGCAACAUGGAUGUUGGACGUAAGCACUACUCAUGCCGAGGCUAGCUUGCAUAUAGACUUCGCAGAUGUUUAUGCAAAUUCUCAACUUUAUCAAAAAAAUCAGGAACUUAUCAAAGAAUUGAAUAUUCCAGCACCUGAUUCGACGGAUCUAUAUUUCCCCACAAAAUACUCGCAGACUUUUACUACUCAAUGCAAGGCUUGUUUCUGGAAACAGUAUUGGUCUUAUUGGAGAAACCCACAAUACAAUGCUGUCCGAUUCUUCAUGACAAUUGUCAUAGCUCUAAUAUUUGGCACACUGUUUUGGCAAAAGGGCAAACGGACUGGCACUCAACAAGACGUAUUGAAUCUCGUCGGAGCUUUCUAUGCUGCAGUCUUCUUCCUUGGAUCCAGCAAUGCUAUCAAUGUGCAGCCUGUUGUGGCAGUCGAGAGGACAGUCUUCUACCGUGAAAGAGCUGCAGGAAUGUACUCAGCCUUGGCCUAUGCAUUUGCUCAAGUGGCCAUCGAGGUGAUAUACAUAUUGAUACAAGGAUUAAUCUACACCAUUAUUCUCUUCUCGAUGAUUGGCUUUACAUGGCGCGUGACCAACUUCUUGUGGUUCUUCUACUUCAUUGUCAUGUCCUUUACCUACUUUGUUCUGUAUGGCAUGAUGGCUGUGGCACUAACACCCAACCAUCAAGUCGCCGGUAUCGUGUCGAGCUUCUUCUACAACUUCUGGAACUUGUUCUCAGGCUUCCUCAUCGCACGGCCGGAGAUUCCUAUCUGGUGGAGGUGGUACUACUGGGGCAAUCCAGUAUCUUGGACAAUUUAUGGUGUUAUCGCGUCGCAGCUGGGAAAAAGGGGUGGCGAGAUCGAAGUUCCUGGAGAAAUCCGCCCGAUGUUGCUUACGGAUUACUUGAACAAUAACCUGGGCUACAAGUACAGCUUCGUCAAGUGGGCAGCAUUGACCAACGUGGGUUUCGUCAUCAUGUUCUUCUUGGUCUUCGCCUACUCGAUCAAGGUCCUCAACUUCCAAAAGCGAUAGGCGAAUUCUCCGAUUCUUGACGCUCAAAAUGAAAGAGUUUGCCUGUGACCCAGCUUCAGUUUUCUUCAUCUGGAGACUCCUGUCUUUAUAUCCAAUAUCCUGAUGCUUUACUUUGUGCAACUCCAGUUUCAUGUCGACAAGUCUAGUUGUAUAAUUUUUGAUUUUUUUUGUACACUUUAAUCCACUGGAUUAUUAUAUUGUGAGUAUAAUUUUAACAAAUACAUGGUAAAUGUGAAUUAGAGUUAUUCAAAA